AUGGGUCGUGUUUUCAGAAUCUGGCAUGGAGAGUGGAAGAAGAACGUUCAAGAACAGUGGUACUUUGUCCCAAAGCAUGAUGAUUUCGGGUUUACGAUGUACAUGGAUUCCCCUGAGUCUUUUCCGGUGAUUGAUGCAACCGUCCGGGAAUGGUACUUGCUCCCUCCCGACACUCCGGUUCUCUUAACGUACGGGAUGCCUAACUGGAUGCUGUUGCCAAGUGGACCUGCCACUCCGAGAAGGAUAGCUACGACAGAGGAUUUGGUAAGUUUGUUGAGUGAGAUGCCACCACUAAGUGACAUCACUCUACUCUGUACUUUCGGAGCCAAAAGGGUGGCCGAGUUCCAUUUUCUCUGUCGCUCUGAUUUCACCAUAGGAGCGUCAACCUAUGUAGUGGGGGAAGGUCAAGAUGAGGCAACAAGAGCUAGAUAUGAAAGUAAGUACUUUUAA